AUGGACUCUGGCAGGGGCUCCAACCCACAGCAUGGCGCGGCCGGUAAACAGGCCGCCCAGGAGCCGGCUCCCGAGCAGCUUCUCGACGUGUUCAAGGCUGCCGCCUUGUCUGUGACAAAGCUGUACAAGACGUCUGCCCUCGCCGAAUCAAGAGCCCGAUCGGAAGGGUACCAAGAGUGCCUGGAAGACCUGCUCACGUUCCUAGACAGGGAGAACCUCGGCCUGCGCGAUGGAGAGGGCUGGAGGGUGCGAGCCUGGGCGACGGAGCGCCUAGAUGGCCGCGACGCGCCUCUCGGCAGCAACAACAACGACAGCGAAGACGAAGUUGAGCGAAGCGACCGAACGAACUCGCCUGAGCUCACACGCACGAGCACCGAGCCGCAGUCUCUCCCGCAGCGCGCGAGCGAGCCGCCCAUCUCGACGGUCCCCAUCAUCCCCGAAGAAACGCCUCGGAUAGUCGUACCUACUCAGGAGAGCUUUACGUUUCAGUCGUCGCAUCCGUACCCGAACAUCGCCACGCUAGACCUGUCUGACGGCCGGCCGCAUGAACACGCACCGAGAGCCCCCAAGACCCGCUUGGGCGGCGCGAGAGAUAAACGGCAGGGAGCGCACUUGGGCAGAGGAGCCGGAACGAAGCGCAGGUGGGACUUUGAGGACUUCUUCGGAGGCUGCUUGGGAGGCAAGGACCCUUUCGGCGGCGGCGGAAACAAGCGAGGUCGGCACGCCUAA